GAGUUCAACUGUUGAACUUUAACAUUCAACAUACCGUAGCUAGUAGUUACAUUACCAUUUACCACGAAUAAUUUUAUAAUUUAACUUUUUAAUAUAUUAUUAGUAUAUCUUUAAUUGUUCGUAAUACCAAUGAUCACGGUAACAGACACUAACCAAAAAAACCACAGCAAUACCUGUGUGAUCCAUAGUAGAGAGUAAAGCAAGCUAUAAAGUAUUAAGAUCUUUAUGGUGUGAUCACAGUUGCGGAAGAUAGUUGGGAUUUUUACUUUUCAAGUUGGCACCGUUGAAUUUGAAAAAUUGAAUGAAUUAAUUUUUUUUAUUAUCACUCCGGGAGAACUGGGGUAUCACCAAUCACCAUAUCAAUACAAUAAUAUAUAUUUUAUGUUACGACCUACGGAAAUUAGGUAUUAUUAUUUACUAAUAAUGCUUGAAAGGUACCUAAUGAUUUUAUUACACAUUUGUUUUUUAUAUUUUAGUAAGUUUACAUCAAAGUAGUAAGUACAAGAAUAUAACGAUAUCGAUGGUGUCUAAUACUCUAAUCGUUUAGUAUACUUAAUACAUACUCAAGGUUCGUCGUAAAAGAAAUGAUGCCAGAUGACAAUCCAGUGAACGACCAAAGGAUUUCUUUAUUUUUAAGAAAACUUUGGACAUUGGUCUGUAGUCAAGAAACCGAUAAUGUAAUUAAAUGGAGUGAGGAUGGUGACAGUUUUAUUAUAAAUAAUCCUGUAGAAUUCUGUAAGGUUCUACCAAGAUAUUUCAAACAUAAUAACUUUAUGAGUUUUGUACGGCAGUUACACAUAUAUGGUUUUAGUAAAAGAAUAUCUGAUGUUGAUCACACAUCUAAUCAUGGAACAUCUUGUGAAUAUGCUCAUCCAUAUUUUAUGAAAGAACAUCCUUGUUUAUUGUUAUCAAUUAAGCAAAAGAGAGGGGAAAAAUUGCAUCAAGGCAUAAAAACCGAUAUUGAUUCCAUUGAAACAAUCAGUACACUGUUAAAAGAAGUGAACUCAGUUAAAGACAAAAAUAAGAUGCUUGAUUCCAAAUUUACUGCUAUGAAACAUGAAAAUGAAUGUUUGUGGCGUGAAUUAGCAGUUAUUCGACAAAAGCAUAUGAAACAACAAAGAAUUCUCAAUCAGUUAAUCCAAUUUUUAGUUACCCUAAGACAACCUAGUACUAAUAAUACAUUGUGCCGAGAAGUAAAAAAUAAUGUCAGGUAUGUUCUCCCUAUUAUGCAUCAUAAAGCAUCAGAAAAGACAAAUUCUGGAGAAACAUUUACUAAUCCCAAGUAUAAACCAUCUACGUCAUCUGGGCCUGUAAUUCACGAAUUAGAUGCUGCUGAUGUCCUCAAUUCAAACGAAGAUAGUAAAAUUCAUCAAAGAAUUCUUAAUGAAGCAGUAGAACCAGAAGGUGUGGUACUUAGUCCUAGCAGUGUAUCACAAAUGUUAAGUAGUCCUGGUGGUUCAACAGUUGAAGAGGUAUUUGCUCCAAAUGAAAUCAUAAUGAACUCGCCAUUAGAUGAUUUGAUCAGAGAAGUGUCAGUAUCUCCUACUGAAGAAUUAUUUGAACCAAAAACAACUAUUGUGACUGUUCCUUCAUUUAAUCCAGUAACAAAGAUUAAUAAAACCAGUAAUAAAAUAUCUAAAAAAAGGACAAAAAAAGAUAUUAAUCCUUCAAAGAAAAAAAAGAUAAAUAUUGCUGAUAAUGUUCAAAAUCAAGAACCUACACCUUCAGCAGUACCAUACAUCAUUAAAGUAGAACCAAUGGGAGAUGAUCCACCAGUAAUUUCUAUUCCUGACAUGGAUUUUGUUGAGCCUGAAGUAACUAUUUCUAAUAAUGAUGAUUUAUGGAAUAAUGAAACAACUUCAAAUUCUGAUAAUAUGCAGCUUGCUAACCCAGAACCUAGGGAAGCUGUUUCUAAACAAAUUGAUUUGGUUCAAGCUGACUUGGAAAGUUUAUUGAAAGGAUUAAAUGAUAAAUACACAUUUGACGCAAAUAUGUUUCUUAAUUUCAUUAAUGAUGAUCCUACAAAUUUAAAUUUGCCUAUAACAUCAGAAGAACAGACACUCAAUGACGCCAAAAAUGGGUUGAAUGUUACACCAGAUAAUCAAAUUGUAUCAUGUCUAUCGCCGAAUACGUAUGAUCUAAAUGAUUUAAUGACAGCUUCAGCAGACUGGACGAUACCUAACACUCCCAUGUCGUUUGAUUCAUCUUAUGAAAAUGAUGUAUUAAAUACUCCAGUUAUAACUGAUUCUUUAUUAAACACUGACUCACUUUAUCCAAGUAUUUCCUCACCAGAAAAAUAAUUUAGUCAUAGCUAAGUAUAGCUAAAGUUAAUUAUAUAUAAAAUUUUUUGUUAAUUUGUUAAUAUUUUGAUGUCAUUAAGAUCAAAUUUUGUUGUAAAAAAAAAAAAUUAUCUUUUUCUGA